AUGACCGCAGCAGCUGGCCACGUGGUUAAAGAAGGCAAACUCCCCACACCCUCAGAGAUCGGAGUGUCCCACUUGGCAGAGGUGGAGGUGGGGGUCAGCCUUUCGCCAAAGGUCCCAACUGACCCAAAGCAUCUCGUCUCCUUCGAGGGAACUAAUUUCCAGUGCACACUCUUCGAUCUGACGAAGAUUAUUCACUAUAUUUACGACCUUUUCAGCACGGAGUUUCAGUACGACCUGAUCAGGUCCGUGUUUACCUUCGCGCCGGAGUACCAGUUGAUCGACGUGCCGCACCAGGUCAGGCAACCGAAGCGUAUGUACGCGCCUCUCAAGGCACGAGCGAAGGACAGAGCGAUCAAGAAGGAGCCGAAAGCGGUCAAGGGGAAGAGAAAGGAGGCGGAGACGGAGGAGUAUUUGCACUUGCUCCGGGUGCAAAGCGAGCUUGAGCGAGAGAUAGAAGAGGAGGCCGACAGAGAUAGAGAGGAUUGGAACCGGCGCAGUCACCUCUUGCCCCUGGCGUUUGCUGUCAGCGAAGAGUUCAUCGAAAGGUACUGGCCACCGCCACCGGUUGAGGUGGUACCAGAACCAGAGCCAGACGCCAGAGGGAAGGGGAAGAGUAAGAAGAAA